UUAAUGAGAAUGUUUUCUUCAGAUUGAAAAUUCAAGUCCUCUGGUAUACUUACCUGUGUGUUGCUUAUGAUUCGCUUGCGCGCACAAACAUGAGGUCGAACAGUUCUCUUUUGGUUCGUACGAUUCAUCUAAUUUUUUAACUCUAUUAAGUUUAUUUUUCGAACUCUAUUAAGAGGUUUGGCGGAUCCUUGAUAGAUUACAUGUACAGAAUAAAGUGUAAAGCCGAACAAGAAGUAUUUUCAUUUUCUUCUAUGCUCGUUUGAUUCUGGUCACUCAUGACUAGCUGAGACAUAGCUGAGACAAUGAAGAUGGAUCUAACUAUAAAAUAUCACGUAUUUUUUCUACUUGUUCUGAUUAUUGACGUGCCUUGAUAAAAGGAAGGCAUUGGUAUGCCUCGUUCUGGAGCCUAUGGAAGGGCUCGUGAUUAUCAGGAUAUGGAUGUAGUGAGCGUUGAAGAUGAAGGACGAUGCAUUUCGAUAGAUGCAAGUCCUUGUACCCAUCCGGUCGUGAAGACAUUGUCAGAAGCCUCUACAAUAAUGUUGCCGUGAUUUGUGUUUUUUGACCUCUCCUACAACUUGUAGUCAUUUUCGAUUAGGUGGGCGAAGGAGCAUGUGCCUCGAACAGCACGUGGUGGGGCAAAGCGAAGAUGGGUGAUGGAGAGUUGCAAUUGUAGGCAAACGGCGCUUCCGGCAUUUCAGAUGCGUCUAGCAUUUCAGUUCGUUCCGUUUUGUACGCGCGUGACUCUCGCGUAGUGACUUAACAUGAGAGACGAGAGACUCAUGAGAAAGAAUAAAGGCUCAUGUUGAAAAAGGAAAG